UUAUUGUAAUUGUUACGACAUUUUGCAACAUGAGAAACAAAGUGCCAUUGUGGUGCAUGCAUGACAGCACAGUCACCCCACCCCCAAGGAAUGAAAUGCAAUGUGCAUCACAAACCCGUAAUAUGACAUGGUAAACCUAUGAAAAAAGUCAAAGCCAAGAAACAAGCGGGAAAAAAGUCAAAGCCAAGAAACAAGUGGAAAAAAAGUGAAGAAGAUCCGAAAGUUCGCAUCGUUUUACAUUCCCUGACCAUUGGUUGAAACUUUGAAUUAUGACCUCUCAUAACAACAUAAGAUUAAUUCCAGAGUUACUUACUUUAAAGUACACCCCAAACUACGGUUAUAUAUAAAUAUUUCUCACUUGUUAUUAUUAUAGUACACUAUUAAAAGAGAACCUCAAUAACGUAGUGAAUUGUGAGUGAAGCACGAUGGGCAGAAUAUUACAAGAAUAUGUGGCUAUGAAAACGGAUGCUGUUGUUGCUAGUUUAAUCGAUUCCGAUAUACAAGAGCUCAAGGUUGCAGCCAAGAAGCUCCUCCACGAUGCCACCAUGCUAGGAGGCAAAGGCUUUGGCACUUCUUUUUUUAAAUGGAUUGCUUCCUUUGCUGCCAUUUAUUUACUGAUACUGGAUAGCACAAACUGGAGGACAAAUAUGCUGACAGCGUUAUUAGUGCCUUACAUAUUCUUCAGUUUUCCCGAGUCAUUGUUCCACUUCUUAAGAGGAGAAGUUGGAAAAUGGAUUGCAUUCAUCGCAGUCGUGCUGAGGCUUUUCUUCCCUAGACAUUUUCCUGAUUGGUUGGAAAUACCUGGAUCAAUGAUUCUUAUUUUGACAGUGGCCCCAGACAUCUUUGCUCACAGAUUAAGGAAUAACUGGAUUGGAUUAGCGAUUGAUCUUUUCAUUGGUUCUUACCUACUACAACAACAUAUCAGGGCUACCGGUGGAUUCAAAAAUUCUUUCACACAGAAACAUGGAAUAUCAAAUACUCUUGGCAUCCUCUUCCUCAUAGUCUAUCCUAUUUGUGCAUUCAUUAUUCAUUAAGUAUAUAGCAUGAUUGACAUCAAAGGAAAAAAUUACAAAUCAUUAUAGUAUAGUUGGCGAUUAUGUGUAAUCUGUCAGGAAAUAAAUUUGUAGAUGGUAGAGUUUGAUACCACCCUAGACAAAAGAACUCCAUUACUUAGCUUCUUACCCACACCAAUGCAGAGUUUAUAGUAAAUUAUCCCCCCAAAAAAAAACUGUGUUAACAUUGCACUUAGAAAUCCUGGAAAGUUCUCCUCACUACAAUUUUAUAGAAUAUUCAGGCAAAAUAGUAAAUAAUCAAUUCGAUUAAUUUGUUUGAACUUUCAU